AUGGGAUGGACCCCCUCCUCACCGGGACUUGGUAAUGCCGAAUCGCAGCAGCUCAUCGCCUCAAAUGGAGGAUCGACCUUUUCGAAAAAGAUCUCUGCUAUUCCUCUCGCUAAGGACGAUCAGAUGGGUAUCGGAGCACGACGAGGCGCGGCGACGGUCGUUCGUUCGCUGGGUGGGGGUCUCGGCAGUAUGGGAUUCGUUACGGCUUCGACUUCGACGGAGAAUGAAGGGGAAACGAGCAACGCUACUGCGCCCAAGACGGGAGGAGAAUUUGGGAGGUUACUCGAGAGGUUGAACAAGGCCAAGGCUGAAGCUGCCGCCGCAUCGGCCUCGACCUCGGCGAGUGAGGAGGAACCUGCCCGAGAUGAGGAUGAGGACGACACGACCAAGCGCAAGAGGGAGAAGAGGGAGAAGAAGGAGGAGAAGAAGUUAUUGAAGGAGCGAAAGAAGUUGGCCAAGAAGGAGAAGACGCGUCAAGCAGCGGGAGAGGCGCCAUCGGAGGAGCCGACCAGCGUGCAGGUCGAAUCGUCCGUUACAGUUGUCGAUUCUUCGUCGGGAGCGGCCACGACCACCACGACCACGACCACCACAAGUACAACGAUCUUGAACAAUCCGCGCAUGGCGUGAGUAACUUUGUAUCCAGACGUUGUGCGCUGACCUUGAUUGCCGAGCUCAUUUCCGACUUACACUCUUCACCCGUAGCGCUCGAUCAAAGCAUCUCCGCGCCAAACGAAUGGCAUCCGCCUCGAACGCCGCCGCCAUGGCCGAAAUUCUCGGAAUUGCGCCCACACCUUCUCCGUCCGCCUCAGGCACCUCGACACCUUCCGUGAUCCCAUCGAACGGUAUCUCCGGUAUCGGUACGCUUCCUUCCUCCUCGACGCCGACGGGUCAACUCGCAGGGUCGAGAAGCGAGCCGUUGAAGGUAAAUGGCCCGACGGAUUCCGGUGAAUGGCCCAAAGCACCAUCGAGAUCGUUCAUGCCUAGUUCGACGGGUGGACUUGGACCGACUAUGAUUGCAUCGACAUCGACUUUGCCGUCGACUUUCGAGACCACUGCGCCGGCCCCUGUAACAUCGACGAUGAAGUUCCCCAGUUUCGCCAAGGCGAGCACGACCAGUCUGAUGUCGACCUUUGAGCCGACUACUACGACCGCUCAAAAAGCGGAGGAACAGAAGGAGACGACCGAACAUACGGAGAAGGAGCGCAUCAAGAAGGAGAAGAAGGAGAAGAAAGACAAGAAGAAGCGACGGAGAGAAUUGGAGGAGAAGGAGAACGACGAGGGCCUCAACACACCCCAGCCCAACCCGGACGUGAUGGACACAAGUGCUGAGGCUGCGGGGAUUGAGGGAGGAACCGUUGUCGUGACAGAGGAGAUUCGCCCCAAGAAGAAGAGCAAGAAGACAGGGGACGAGAAAGCGGCAAAAAAGGCCGAGAAGGAGGCGAAGAAGGCGGCUGAGAAGGCAGGCAAGGGAGAGUAG